GGGCGGAGCAGGCGGGUGGCGGCGGCGAGCACGGGUGGUGCUUCCUCUGCGGCGCCCAUGGGGACAGGACGACUUUAAAGGAGUUUAGGGGGGUUCUGGCGCUGGGCGACUACGGAUCCGGCGAUUCCUGCCCUCGCCUCGCCCUGUCAUUGAUGGGAAAUCAACUGGAUCGCAUCACCCAUCUGAAUUACAGCGAGCUGCCGACCGGGGACCCCUCGGGGAUCGAGAAGGACGAGCUGCGCGUCGGGGUGGCUUACUUCUUUUCGGAUGAGGAGGAGGACCUGGACGAGCGAGGCCAGCCAGACAAGUACGGCGUGAAGGGCUCCGGCAGCCCUGGGCAGGAGACGCCCACCCACCACCUCCACCACCAGCUCGUGCUGAACGAGACCCAGUUCUCCGCUUUCCGCGGCCAGGAAUGCAUCUUCUCCAAGGUCAGCAGCGGCCCCCAGGCUGGGGACCUCAGCGUCUACUCGGUGUCAGCCCUGCCUGCCCUCUGCAAGCCGGGGGACCUGCUGGAGCUGCUCUACCUGGGGCCGUCGGAGCACCCGCCGCCGCACUGGGCCGUGUACGUGGGCGGCGGGCAGAUCAUCCACCUGCACCAGGGGCAGAUCCGCCAGGACAGCUUGUACGAGGCGGCCGCGGGCAACGUGGGCCGGGUGGUGAAUAGCUGGUACCGCUUCCGCCCGCUGGUGGCGGAGCUGGUGGUGCAGAACGCCUGCGGGCACCUGGGCUUAAAAAGCGACGAGAUCUGCUGGACUAACUCCGAGAGCUUCGCCGCCUGGUGCCGCUUCGGGAAACGGGAGUUCAAAGCCGGGGGGGAGCUGCAGGCGGCUGCUGGCACCCAGCACCAGCAGCAAUACUAUCUCAAGAUCCACUUGGCAGAGAACAAGGUGCAUACGGUGAGGUUCCACAGCCUGGAGGAUCUAAUACGCGAGAAGCGCAGGAUCGAUGCCAGUGGCAAACUGAGGGUGAUCAAAGACCUGGCCAUAGUGGAUGGGAAGGAAUAGGGAGGAGCAGGAGUACGUGGCUAUCUUCCUUCUGCCCUGCCCGGGGAGACCAGCCUGCCGUAGGAGGCUGCACCCUCCUUCCGUGGGACGCGACUGGAAGCAGGAUCCAUGGCAACAUUCCAAAAAAAAAAAAAAAACCAGCAUUCUUUACACCCAUAGCCAGUAUUUUGUUUGGCUUUUAAUAGCAUUAAUGCUGAAAGAGCGAGAAAGAGGAAGAAAAGAGGGGGGGAGGUGCAGGAAGGCUGUUCUCAGAGUAUGUGGACAAAGUCUCUCCUGUCAAUUGAUGUUGACCAUUCUAGCAACAUGCCAAUAAAAUUUCAAAUUGAAAUUUCUUUUUAAAUUUUUAUUUCAUGGCUUUAAUCCAUGAUAAGUUUUAAGCAUCUGGGACCGUGGAUGUAGCUAAAUGAGAUUUUAGCUAAUAUUUACCUUGUGGCCAAUCAAAAGCAUCAGUCAUACUUUGCUAACUGGGAGAGAAAGGGGGUGUUGGGGUGGAGGAUAAAUGCCUGUUUGUUUUGUUUCUUCACACUGCUAGUUCAGCCUGUAGCUGCAACCCAAAUUUUGUCCCAACCAACUCUGGUGAUCUCUUUACUAGGGAAAAAAUACUCUCACAUUUCUGGUUGAAAUCUAUCACAUUUGAAAUAUUUGCCUUUGCUUUCUGUUUGCAGCUCUCUGCUAAAUGUCAUCCUAACGCAUAAGCUCUUUCCACCUCUUCCUUCCUCCCACCUUCCCUGCUUUUUUUUUUUUUUUUUUUUUUUUUUUGAAAAAAGUUGGUGGGCAGCUGUUUUCCUAAAACUAAAUUCAGUGGUUAAAAGGAAGUGAUGUAUUUUGGAGAACAGUAUACUCAGAGAUCCAGCCAGUAGGAUUUUAUGCUUGAGCUGUGGAUUUUGUACCACUACUUCGAUAUCUCUUCAUACACAGGUCAACAGAAUCCUGCAAGAAACAAUUUUGAAUUCUGCAUGUUGCCUCUUCGAAACAGCAAUUUAUUGCAUAUUUACAAUUCCACUUAAAGGUUUAGAUGUAAUGUGGCCAAGUUCAUCUUGCAUUUCAAAUUCCCAGCAACUAAAAAUUCUGUUCAGUGUAAGUUUAGAAAUCCACGGCAGCAUUUAAAAGAUGCCUUUUAAUGUGAUGUGAGCAAUGCCUUGUCUGUAUUUCAGAUCCUGUUCACUCAUUGCUUAAUUCUAAGUUCUGAAGUGAAAGAUCAGAGAAUUAAAUAUAUUUUAAAAAAAUC